GAGGGAAGCGUGGGCCCGCUGGCCUUUGCGGGAAGUCCGUUGGCGGCCUCUUGGCCCGAGGGGAAGGAAGCCGGCUGGGAGGGGACCUGCGGGGCGGGCACACCUCUCUGCCUCCAGCGUUGCUUCGGCUGUGGAGGGAUGCGUUUGUAAUCGUGAGCCCCUUUGGGCGCCAGUGAUGGGCGGGGGAUGGAAUCCGAUGAUGAUGAUGAUGAUGAUGAUGAUGAUGAUAAAAAUAAUGGCGAUCAUACGAUGAUGCUGUAUCUGUCAUUCCCUGUUGCUAUGUUCUGGAUUUCAAACCAGGCAGAAUAUUUUGAAGAAUAUGUAGUCAAACGAAAGAGGGAGAUCUAUCCACCUGAAGAUGAUUACCAGAGAAAAGAGCUAGAAGACUUCAAAGAGCGCAUGAGGAAGAAGCGGGAGGAGCGGCUGCUGCAAAUGGCAAAGGAGUAAUGGUGUGGCCUGUUCUGUCUACAAUUUGAAGCACUUUCAAGAAAUUUCCCAUCACUAUAGUCCUUUUCAGUUUAAACUGAUUGUGUUCUUCCUAAAGACUGUGAUGACAGAAUGAAGGGACUCACAAUACAGAUCUACAUGAUAUUCCCCAGUAAUGAUUCUGUAUGUGACUAGAGCCUUUGGGGAUAAUAUUGGAGAGUGGGAGGAGGACACAGAUUAUGGUCAGCUGUUUCUGUCAUUUCCUCCUGCCUCUUGAUGUGCACAGCUUUUGACAUUUUAGCCUCAGUUCGACUCUUCUCCCUAUUGAGUGACUUUGAAUAAAAGCACUACACAAGAAGACUGAAGCAGUGCAUAUCCUGGUAUUUUCUGAUGUGCACUUGGAUUAUUAGAUGAGAAAUAGUUUACCAGCAAUACAGCCAUUAUCAGCACAACUGCCACAACCAUGGCUGCCCCCAUCACCCCAGCCAAGUCAAUUGCCAGCAUAGCAACCAGAAACCAAGCUUUGCCUCUGUUUUGUACCUCAAACUGAAACAGUGGGAAAAAUCUCCCAUGAGCUAUAUUGGUAGUGGUGAUUUUUAAUGUGUCUUAAACUAUCUGGGGUUGUGGGUGAAUAAUAAUAUGAUCAAUAUUGAUGGCACAAUGCUGUUAAAUAUAUUUACAUCAUUUCAAGUAGUUCUAAAAAACUCUGAAGUGGGAGCAUUGGCAUCAAAAUAGCAAAUGAGGUUCAGAUUUAUUGUCAGCAAAGGCAAUAUUAUUCAAAUUUGGAAAGAAAAACAGUCAGUGACUGAUCAAGAGAAAGUGUUCUAGGAGAUAGCUUCAAGAAAGUGUCAACCCAGUGUACAGUUGCUAUAAAAAUAUCCACAGUCAUAAUUAGAAUAGAACUUAAAACUACAGGCUGAAUAUCUUGAUCACUAAAUCUUCCAAAAUCCUACCCACUCCUUCAAGGCAACGGUUGUGGUUCUGCUGGUUUGUAGGCUGAAUGUGGGUGGCUGACAAAUUCCAAGGAAGAGACUGGAGAAAGACACUAAGCUGGGUAGAGAUUCAAGACCAGAACAAAUGAGAGAAUCUGCAAUAACGAGAGGUACAGAUUUACACUAAGCAUUUUGCUUGGAUUCUGGCCAUCUUACAAAUCUUCAUUCUCUACCCUCACAUCUCACCCAGAACACAAGUAGCGAACAAAGAAGACCCAAAUCUGGAGAGGAACGCAAGCACACUCGCAAAGUGUAAUAAAAUGGCACAUGUGCAGACCAACAGGACUUUCUCUACCAAUAAAAAGAGGAAGCGUUUGUGUUUAUCUAUAGCGCAGAAAGUUAAGCUGUUGGAGAAAUUGGAUAGUGGUGUAAGUGUGAAACACCUUACACUAGAAUAUGGUGUUGGAAUGACCACUAUAUAUGAUCUAAAGAAACAGAAGGAUAAACUGUUGAAAUUCUAUGCUGAAAGUGAUGAAGAAAAGUUAAUGAAAAAUAGAAAAACACUACAUAAAGCUAAAAAUGAAGAUCUUGAUCGUGUAUUGAAAGAGUGGAUCCGUCAGCGUCGCACCGAACACCUGCCACUUAAUGGUAUGCUGAUCAUGAAACAAGCAAAGAUCUAUCACAGUGAACUGAAAAUUGAAGGGAACUGUGAAUACUCAAAGGGCUGGUUGCAGAAAUUUAAGAAACGGCAUGGCAUUACAUUUUUAAAGAUUCAGGGUGGUAAAACAUCUGAUCACAAAGCUCCGGAAAAAAUUGUUGACAAGUUUAUCGAGGUCAUCACUGAUAAAAAUCUGACCCCCAAACAAGUCCAUAAUGCUGAUGAAACAUCACAGUUUGGGCAUUAUUGCGCCAAGAAGACACUGACAACAGCUGAUGAGAUAGGAAUUAGGGAUGUCAAGGAUAGAAUAAAUGUGCUGGGUUGUGCUAAUGCAGCAGGCAGGCACAAGUGUAAACUUGUGAUAGGCAAAAGUUUGCAUCCUCACUGUUUUGAAGGAGUAACUUAUUUACCAAUUCGUGACUAUGCUAACGUAAAGUCUUGGAUCACCAAUGGUAUUUUUUCUGAUUGGUUUUACAAACAUUGUGUACCUGCAGCUCAUGCUCACUGCAGGGAAACUGGACUGAACAAUGACUGCAAGAUUUUGUUAUUCCUUAACAGCUGUUCUGCUCUUCCUCUAGUUGAAAUUCUAAUAAAACACAAUGUUCAUGCCAUAUUUCCCCCCUCAAAUGUGACUUCAGGAAUUCAGCCAUGCAAUCAGAGUAUCCUUAGAUCAAUGAAGACUAAAUAUAAAACCCUUUUCCUGAACAGCAUGUUAGCAGCAGUGAACAAAGGCAUGGGUGUGGAAGGUUUUCAGGAGUUCAGUAUGAAGGAUGUGCGUGUUGUUACCAAUGCUUGGAACACAGCGACUAGAAAUACAGUUGUGCAGGCCUGGCACAACUAUCGUCUGUGCUGAUGAUGAGCAAGCUGAUGAAUUUGAAGGAUGCUAUAUAUCAAAUGAGAAAACAGUGACUCCUGGCCUUGCAUAUACAAAAAACAUAACAGCAAAGCCCAUCAGUAAGUUGGAAGAAGUCGGUAAUGAAGUUUUUAGCAUUGGUAUUUAGAGUCCUGUUGCUCAUUCAUUGGCUGACUGUGAAAUAGUUGAAAUAGGGUGAUUGUGAUAGUGAUUGUGAAGAUGACAUAGUGAACACUGCAUAAAAAGUGCCUAUAAAUGACAUGGUAAAAAUGUGUGACAAGCCUUGAGCAGCAAGCAUUUGUAAAAACAAAAAGUUUGUAAAACUGAAAAGAAUUCUAAGACAAAAAAAUUAUGAUUGAGGCAGAUGUCGGGGGGGGGGGGGGGGCUCAAAAAGCCAUCCAGAAGAAUGCCUCCUUGUCCCUAGAGUAUUUCUUUCCAGAUUACUCAACUGAUAUUCCUUCUCACCUUAAAAAAUUGUUCAGUAAACUUUUAAUCAAAACACAGCAUUGUAGGUGGAGGCCAAACUCCUAUCAUUGUUUUUUGUUACAGUUGUUUAAAUUGUGUUCUAGGGAUGCUAUUGUGCUGCAUAAUUACCUGAACACUUUAUUUUUCACUGUGCUAAUUGUGUCUCAUAUUUUUUUAUUGUUAAGUAUGUAUUAAUAAGUGUAAGAAUUGAUUUCUUACCUGAUAGCAUAUACAUUCAGAGUCAGAAAUGACAGUGAUGUCAAAUAACCACAAAUAUCUACAUGGAUGGCUGGGAUGGUGGCAGCUUUGUUUUCUGAUAAUUCAGUGAAACAAAUUUUGAUUCAUGCACAAAAUUAUUGAAAAUUCUACCUUCAGGCUGUGUGUAUAAGGUGUAUAUGAAACAAACGAAUGUUGUGUUUAAACUAGGGUUCCAGCUCAUUCUUAAUGCAAAGCAUAGAAGAUUCGAGCUUCAUAAUGUUCAUGAUAGAUAUCAAUACUUCAUGGAGUUCUGUUCAGAUGUCAUCACAUAAAUAACCACCCAUUAUACGUAUAGUUAUAAGAAAAAGGUUUUUUUUAUUUCAAUUAUAUAUUGAAAUAGAUCUUGUCAAGAGGGAGUCCUUAGGAAAGGUAGAAGUGAAUAUAGUAGAAGUACGUAUAUUUAAUGGGAAGUUAAUACACUAGAUGGAUCAGAGAAACAAGAUACAUGCUUAUUUCUAAGGGCAACACAUCUUGAAGAGAAGCCAUAUCAUAAUCUCAGUUCAGAGCAUCAGAAAGUUGGUUUUUCGACUUACUCCCAGAAUCCUGUUGGCAACAUUUGCAGAGGGAUUCUGGGAGUUUUAGUCCCACAAAUAGUAUUUCCAGAUUCAGAGAAGGCUUUGAGGGUGGUCUAUUAUUUUGCGGUUGCUUAUUUUAGAUCCGAAUUGCUAACUUCCCCAGACAUCAUUAUGACCAGGGAAUUCUGGGAGUUGGGGUCCAGGAAGCAACUUUUUGCAGUUCUGCUUUUAAUGGAAUUGCAAGAAACCAAAUACAUUUCAGGAGAGGUCUCUAGAUAGAAAAUAUGUUUGUAAAUUUGGGGUGGAGAAAACCUGGUCUCUAGCACUGGGGUGAAGAAAGGUUGAAGCCAAGCAUGGUAAAUUUGGUAGAGAUGGUCUUUCAGAUCUAGGUAUUUAGGAAGAGGUGCUAGGAUCCUGAGUACUGGCAUGUUUGGAAGUUGGGCUUUUUAAUUGGCCUGUAACAGCUUCCAAAUGCUUCUCAUGGAUGCGGUUGAUGAAAGAGAAAUAAUCAUCCAUUGGUGUGAUGUUGACAGAUGGAUUAUCUGAAGCAGCACCUUCUGAUAAAGCCAAGGUCAUACUUUCCUGUUAAAGCAAACAGAAACGUCAGUUCUUUGUGUAUUUUCGUUUUUUGCAACAACAUUGCUGAAUAAUAAGGAGGUAUGCACCUUUUUAGCCAUUUGCCUGCGAUCAUACUUGGGGACAGAUUGUUCCAGUCUGGUAUGUAAUUAGGGAAAAAUGAAAUAAUUGUUUACCAUGCCUGUAAACAAUACCAACAAGAAGAUUUAAUGUACCUCAAAUUAUUUUGCUAAUUUGUGAAGUGAAUUGCUGUUAAUUUGUUUUGGCUAUGGGUAUGGAGAGAGUUAAUAUUUCCUGUCAAUCUCUGCCUCAUAAAAUGAAUCUGCAUCUCCUCUAUGUAUAAAUCUGAGUGUUUCCCCCAGAUGUUAAUUAUAUUCUUUUAUUUCCAGAGGUACAAUUUUAAUUAUUUUUUUUCAUUCAAUAAACUUGUUGCUUAUGGCAACCCUAACACUA